AUGCCUAUUUUGCGAAAAGCCUUAGGUAUUACAGCAGGUGCUGGCACUGCUAUCUUCCUGUGGGAUCAAUAUUUCAAUUCCCAGGCGCUGAGCCGCACAGGAAGAACCAUAUUCGUUGCCUCCCUGGUGGGGUUGGACUAUAAGAUCAACUGGGGGCCAGAUAAGGAUAUCGAGGCUCUACACGACCGUUCCGCACGCCGCGUUUACGAUCUCAUCAUCAAAAACAGGGGCCUGUAUGUCAAAAUGGGUCAAAUGGUCGCCAUGCAAAGCCACAUGCUGCCUAACGGUUUUCGUGAACGGCUCCCCCUGUUAUUUGAUCGCGCCCCAGCAGACGAAUGGCCCGAAUGCGAGGCUCUGUUCCGUCAGGAAACGGGAAAAGAAGUCUCGGAUGUGUUUGAGUACGUCGAUCCUGUAGCCUGCGCCUCUGCGUCUAUGGCUCAGGUUCACGAGGGACGCCUGCCCAAUGGGGAUCGGGUGGCAAUCAAAAUACAACAUCCUGAUAUCGAGAAACUUACCUGGUGGGACCUCAACUCGCUCAAGGCCAUGAUCUGGAUUUAUGAUAAAAUUCUGUUCGACAUGCCAAUGUUUACAAUCGCAAAGUACUUUGCCGAUGCCAUCGAAACGGAAACAGACUUUAACAUUGAGCGAUCCAAUGCCAAGUUAAUGAAAAAGCUCGUCGAAGGUGAUGCUAAGCUAAAGCAUAAAGUGUAUGUGCCUGGUGUCUACGAUGAGUUGUCUACGAAGCGCGUAAUGGUUAUGGAAUGGGCUGACGGCACUGCGCUGAGCAAAAUCGACAAGAUCAAACGCGAGUUUGAUGCCAAGGCUGCUCUCUCCACAGUUUUUGAGCUGACGUGUAAACAAGUGUACGAGUGGGGUGUUGUCCAUUGUGAUCCUCAUCCUGGCAACUGGUUUGUGACUCGUGAGAAUGGACGGCAAAUGUUAAUCAUGCUGGACCAUGGGCUUUACGUCCAUAUGUCGCAAAAACUCACUCAGCAGUACGCUGCCCUGUGGAAUGGGUUUUUCCAGGGUGAUAUCAAGAAGAUUAGUGAGAUUGUUCAAGACUGGGGAUUCGGCAGCCCUGAACAGUUCACCUCAGCCACCAUGCUCACCCAAGAAUAUGAAGAUAUCCCGACGUUUGAAAACGAACAACAUGCCAAAGAACAGAUGCGUAAUUUCCUCAAAGAUACUAGUCGAAUUCCUCUCCAAUUGCUCUUUGUUGCCCGCACCCAUCGCAUUCUACAGGGUCUGAACCGUCUCUAUGAUUCGCCGGUAAACCGUAUAAAGACCCUUUUAGACGGUGCUUCCGAGGUCAUGUUACGCAACCACAGCGGCACGAGACUGAACUACUAUUUAGCGCUGCUAUGGCGCCGGUUGGUCCUGCUGGUCAACGACAUCGUAUUCAUUGGUAUUCGGAUUCAACAGGUAUUCACGCACCGUGGAUUGGAGGACUUUUUCGAUAGCACCAUUGAGGAGACUGCCAAGGAACUCGUAAAAGAUGCUUAA